GUUUUGCUAUUCUGGAAAGUGAGUUACGCAGUCUCCGGAGUCCGGCUGAAGGUGAAUCUGAGUCCCGGUAAUGGCGGCUCUGCUCGGUUACCGGAGCUCAAGGAUCGCGUUAUACCUGCUGGGGACCCGGGCCCUGCACAGGACACAGGGAAACCCCGCAGCUAGGGUGGCAGUGGUUCUUUCUGGAUGCGGUGUUUAUGAUGGAACCGAAAUCCAUGAGGCUUCAGCGAUCCUUGUCCACCUGAGCCGGGCAGGAGCUGAGGUGAAGAUGUUUGCUCCUGAUAUCGCACAGAUGCAUGUUAUUGAUCACAGUAAAGGAGAAGCAUCUCAGGAGAGCAGGAACGUGUUAGUGGAGUCGGCUAGACUUGCCCGUGGCGAUAUCGCAGCCUUGUCGCACUUGAAAGCUCAGGAUCAUGAUGCCGUCAUCUUCCCAGGAGGCUUUGGGGCUGCUAAGAACCUCUCCUCCUUUGCCGUGGACGGGGAGGCCUGCCGGGUACAUAAUGACGUGGAACGAGUUCUCCAGGAUUUUAGUAAAGCGAAGAAGCCAAUUGGGCUGUGCUGUAUCGCCCCAGUCCUAGCUGCUAAGGUCAUCCCUGGGGUGGAGGUGACUGUGGGCCAAGAAGAAGAACAAGGAGGCAAAUGGCCGUACGCCGGGACUGCAAAAGCCAUCUCUGCCCUGGGAGGCAAACACUGCGCCAAGGAUGUGCAUGAGGUGCACGUGGAUAAGACACACAGCGUGGUCACCACACCAGCCUUCAUGGGUGAAGCUCCGCUGCAUAGAAUAUUUGAUGGUAUUGGAGCGAUGGUCUCUGCGGUGAUCAAACUGACUGGAAAGUAAAGAUUAUAUUGCGAUCUUCUAAUUACCUAUCUGAUCGAUCCUUGAAGUCACUGACACCCGGCACAACACGUCCAAAAAUCGGUGUGUUACCAAUAUCGGUGUGUGUUACCCAAACACAUUCUCUGAGUUCUGAUUCCAUGCAUCAGUAAUCUGCAAUAAAUCAUUCAUCACA